AUGGCUGAUUCAGAUCACAAUGACAACCGCGACAUGGAAUCCGAGCGGGAGUCCGACCAUGAGCAACAACAAGAACAACAGCAGGAACCGGAACCGGAGCCGGAGCCUCAACCACAGCCGCAACAGCAGCAAGAGAAACCCGCGAACAAGUCCCAACGCAGACAGAGGAGGCAGCAGAAUAAUCAACUCCAGCAACGGCAGCAACAGCAGCCGCCAAUGCAGCAACAACAGCAACCGCCGCCUCAGCAACAGCAAUAUUUUCCUCCGUAUUACUACAACCUCCCGCCUCGCGAGGAGGGCUAUCGACCGCCCGUGAUCCGUGAAUCGCGGAUCAAGGACCGGCCCUAUUCGAAGGACGCGAGGGAUAGCAGUAUGAGUAUCAGGAUCGAGCUUGAUUUGGAAGCUGAGGUUGAUCUGUAUGCGCGGGUCAAGGGUGAUGUUACGAUUGGAUUGAUGUGA